AUGCGUUUUGAGGUGCCUACCUGUUUGCAGAAUUGCGCACCGUGUUCCGGGCAAAUCGGUGUAGUCCGGACUCCGGCCUCCCUCGUCGUCGCGCAGCUGCUCUUCCUCGAGUCCGAGAACCCCGCCAAGCCCAUCCACCUCUACAUCAACUCCCCGGGCGGGGUGGUCACCGCGGGGCUCGCCAUCUACGACACCAUGCAGUACGUCCGCUCCCCGGUCACCACCCUCUGCAUCGGCCAGGCCGCCUCCAUGGACUCGCUCCUCCUCGCGGCCGGCGCGCCGGGCGAGCGCCGCGCGCUGCCCAACGCGCGCAUCAUGAUCCACCAGCCCUCGGGCCAGGCGUCCGACAUCGCCAUCCACGCCAAGGAGAUCCUCAAGGUGCGCGACCGCCUCAACAGGAUCUACGCCAAGCACACCGGCCAGCCCAUCGACGGCGUCGAGAAGUGCAUGGAGAGGGACGUGUUCAUGGACCCGGAGGAGGCGCACACCUGGGGGCUCAUCGACGAGGUCAUCGAGCACCGCCCCGUCUUGCUUGUUUCUGAUGCCGUGGCCAGCGAUCCGCCCAACCCCCCUGUUGGAGGCGAAACCAAGCCUGGGGAGGAGCCUUCUCCGGCUUCUCCGGCUUGA